AUGAUGGAUACCGGGUUCUCCCCCACGCCUCGAAAGGAGGGCACUUGGACGAAAUUGGUGAUUUUCGUUUCGCUAUAUUGCCUGAUCCUCGAGUCUAUAGCUGGACUGGUCCUUGUCUUUUAUCUCUACGGAAAUCAUUGGGUUGAUUCAAAGAUGACCCCCAGCUUGAUCCUAUGCAUGGUCGCUUCGUUCCUUACUAUCCCACUGAUCUCUCUCCAAAGUUUGGUCGCCUGGCAAUAUAAUAAGAUUGGAGGAUUUGGGGAACAGAAAACAGUUCUCCAUAAUAUCUGCACCUACUUUCUCCGACUGGAUCUCAUGCUAUGGCUUGCCACGAGUGUUACUGGCUUGAUCGUGGCGGCCCAGCAAGUUGCAUGUCUCCCUGCUGGAACUGAUGCCAGCUUUUGGAAAGUCGGUACCAGUUGCGUUUUUCACCGAUCAUCGGUCAUUGUAUCCGUGGUCUCACUGGUUACGGUCUGCACCAUGUACUGCGCACGAGAGCUUUGCGAUCGCCCAUACGAUGUGUCUAUCAUUGGAAUCUAUAAGCGGUCCCAGGCCCUUCGUGAUGGGAGCGUUUUCUCGGGCCACAGUUGGGACAGCGACGAAACACUCAAGAAUGAGAUCUUGAAUCUUUGCCGCCAGCACGAUGGAAAAGCUGGCGAAGAACCGUGGUUCUUUGACCCCUUGGCUGAUAAAGUCAACUGCCAUCCCAGUAUCCGACACCCAGCACCGGUUCGUCUGCGUCCUCAGCUUCGACUCAACACAAAUCCCGGCUCCGAAUACGGCGAGAUUGCCUCGGGAACGACAUUGUCGCCUGAUGGCUCCCUGUCCCGCCUCUCGCCUGGCGGCCAGACUAUCGUGAGCGACUUUUAUCCGAUAUCACGUACUUCAACGGUCAUGACAUCGCAAACUGCCUACGAACCACGAGCACUAUUGUCCGAUUUUACAGUUCCCAAGGUGCCGACAAUUCCAGCACAGUAUACGACGAAUCACAAGAGAGGAAAGUCGUCGCUAUCAUCAUUGCGACGAUUCCUUCCCAAGUCCUUUCCGCUCUCCUUGCCACUGUCAUCGGAUCCCCAGAUCCUCGCUCUUGCAGAUCCCAAUGCGGCAUCAGACGUGGAAAAGCAAGUCGUGACGCCAUCUCCCUCUUGCAAGAACAUCGCAGCGAUAGCCAGCGAUGCUCCACCCAGCAAGACUCAGGAAUCCUCAAAGUCCAGCACGACCCCAACGUCUCCCGGCUCGGUGAAGCCGACAGACACCAAAUCUGAAGGUCACACUCGCACAAUGACCAUGAACUCCGCCGACGCACCUGAAGUUGUUUUGCCUGCAGAGCCUGCCAGAGUGCGGCGGUCCCAGACAGCGUCCCUAGCUCAACCAUCAAUGUCCAUCCACCACCCACACCACCCUCACUACGUCGCGGGACCAGCAAUGCCUUCCGUUCCACGAAAGUACUCCUCGUCCUGCCGUCAGAAUUCCGCCGUUGUCCCACUACACAUUGAGUCGCAACGCCGACCAACGUCCCGUCAAACUCACGCCGUGCCGCACCCAGUCCGCAGUAGCUCCUACUCAUUCGAUAAGCACCGUAUGCCUCGGCAUGCUCAGACCCAGCAUCAUGCCAAUUGGUACCCACAAACUCCACGCCGGCCUAAUCAGCAAGUCUACGACCCUAGCCGUUCAGUGCCCAACCUGCCACGCCGCAGCGAUGUUGAGAUCAUCUAUCCCAGUACCCGCCGGCCGCGUAGCAAUACGCACGGCGGAUUUAAUGGUCCUCUAAGCUGUAUCUUGGAGUCUGGGUCACUUCCACAGGGGUUUGUGGAUGAUAGCAAGUUCGGUGCUGCGGCUUCGGAGGCUAAGCGCAAUCAGCUUGAUCAAACAACUUAUCGCGGGGCGAAUCGAACUAGCCUGGGAUUUUAUUAA